ACCUCCGACCCCCACAGCCUUGGCACCGCCCCGCCCCAACUUCCUGGACUAGUCGAGGCUGCAUCUCCCGUUCCACCGCGGCGCAGGAAUCGAAAGCAGCCGCUGUGCGGAAGCAGCAGCAGCGCUGUUGCAGCCCGCCUUUCCGCGCGCCCUCUGCUCCUCACGUCACUAGGAAGAGGAUUUCCCGCGUGGUUCUUUGUCUAGGAAAAGUAACUGUGUGUGUGUGUUUAUCUGGACUGGGCAGCACCCGCUCCUUCCAUGGCGGCUGCGAGAGAACGGUUGCUGCAGAUCCUCGAGGAUCUGACAGCCGAAGAGUUCCGCAAAUUCGUUUUCCACCUGGAAUCCAUCCCGGACCGAUCUGUCCGAAUCCCUCGAGGGAAGCUGGAGAAAGUCUCGCCGGUCGAGCUAGCCGAGCUGCUUGCGCGGUAUUUUCCCGGGAAAGAAUUAGAAGUCGCCGCCCACGCGCUGGGAAAGAUACCCAGGAGGGAUCUUCUGCGGGACCUAGGCGACGUAGCAGUGGGCGAUCGCCCGAGCGGAAGGGGUACCCCUGUGAUAGACCUCGUGGAAGCAGCUGCAGUGCAACCCAGUUGCGUCUCACAGCAGCAGCUGAUGAAGCUAGCCAGGAAGUUGGGCAGGAAAUGGAAGACGAUUGCCAUCGAGUUCCUGGAGGUGGAAAAUUCACGCUUGGAGCAGAUCGAAGAGGAGAAUCACAAGGACGUGGUCAUGCAAGCUUUCUACAUGCUUUGUGAAUGGAGGAACCGUGAAGGAGGGAAGGCCACUGCAGCCAAUUUAUACCUUAUUCUCGACCAGGUUGGAGUGAAUCUUGACCAUGAUGCAUAUGCGUUCCUGAGAGAGUGUGCCUGAAAGAGUUCUUGAAAGGCAGAAGGCCACCCAACAGUCUUCUCCAGCAACUCAGGCUCUCCAGAUACCUUUCCCAAUGCAAGUGAACACAGAUUGUAAUGAUUUGUUGACUGAUGUUUACGCUCAUAUGGCUGAGCUGUGAGGGGGGGUGGGGGGGUGUUCGAAAUCAGCCAAGUGCCAGGCACAUUUUGCACCUGACUAUUGGCCACAUGCAGGGACGCAGGUGGCGCUGUGGUCUAAACCAGAGAACCUAGGGCUUGCCGAUCAGAAGGUUGGCGGUUUGAAUCCCCGCGAUGGGGUGAGCUCCCAUUGUUCGGUCCCUGCUCCUGCCCACCUAGCAGUUCGAAAGCACGUCAAAUGAAAGUAGAUAAAUAGGUACCGCUCCGGCGGGAAGGUAAACGGCGUUUCCGUGUGUUGUUCUUGUUCGCCAGAAGCUGCUUAGUCAUGCUGGCCACAUGACCCGGAAAAACUGUCUGCAGACAAGCGCCGGCUCCCUCCGCCUAUAGAGCGAGAUGAGCGCCGCAAGCCCAGAGUCGUCCAUGGCAGAGUAUAUAUUCCAGCACAUAUUAAAACAGAGUAAGAAUAAGCUCCUUCAAAAAGUGGAUGACCUGGUAUAAUGGUAGCCAGGGUGUUUGUGGCACUUUCAGAAGUAUUUUAAUGGAAUUGCUCUCCAGAGAGGUUCCAUUCUUAGAGAAGUCCCUCAAUCUAAGUAAUCCCUGCUUCUUCCAACCGAGCCUGAGUCUAUCUUUGUUGAAAAAAGAGGGGUGGUAAGCCAGAGGAAGGAAGUUGUUCAGUUCUGUGGGAGUCCCCCCCUCAAGCUGGUUUGAGAGCAGAGCUCACUCAGCAAGGUGUCUACCAAUAUUGUGCACCAGAACCACUGUUAGAAACCCAAAUAUAUAAGCUAGGCGCCAAAUGGCUCCUUAAAUCAGGGUUACAGUUGCCAAAACAGAAUGUCUAGUUGCCAUUUGGGGGCAAGACGGCUCUAAAGUCCUAUUUUUCAAAGGAUGCACUGACUGAUUGAUUAGAAUCUGGCUGGUUCAGAUGACAACCUUGAGCUAGGUUAAGAGCUUUGAGACCUUAAAGAAGAGAAGUAACUUGAUCCAGGGACAGUCCACAUAUACAUUGGCCUAUUCUGACCUCUUUUUCUCAAUGGUGACAAGGGCCAUUCAUAAUGUAAAAAUAUUCUUCACAACUGUGACCAGGGCAGUGGGACAGGGUAAGUGAUGGGCAGUCCCCCAUUGAGAUGGGCAGAGUAUAUAUAUAAAAAUGUAGGCAUUGCGCGUGCGGAGGUCACAGCCUUUCUCCGUAACUGCUGAACCGUAAUGUAACAAAUUUGGCCACAACGUUCCAUGCCCAUCAGGGAAGGAUCUGACAUAAUUCCCCCCCAAAAAAAACCACACCUUUCACACCUAAAAUAAUGAUUAAACACAAAAAAGUGGCACCCAAAUUAGACGUCACCACCAGAAGCUCUGUAGACUCCAGCAGCAUCCAAUAGAAAGGCAGUUCGCACGCUGCUGCCUCAAAAGCUGCGCCACCAGAUGACAUCACAAAAUUCCGCACCAACCAACUCAAAACAGUCCGUUUGCAGCAACAUGGCCCAGCUUUUUCAAUAGGCCGCAGCAUUGCCCAGCAGGGAAAAAUGAGUAGCCCGCACCAUUCAGUAGGCCACAGGCAAAAACAAACAGAAUA